AUGCCGAGCCAGGCUCCCUCGCCUACGCCGGAGGGAACGUUUUGGUCACGACCCCUCGGAAUCUGGGCUGAGCGGCACCACGUCGGACUUCUGACCUACUGCCCCUACUUGAGUCUGUACUGGUCCUCCAAGCUCUUCUGGCACUUCCGACAAAGCGAGAUAACGGACUUCGUGAAGUGGCUCGAGGCAAAUGGCCGGACGGUGACGGUCCCCGACUGUCCGAAGGGAUACUCCGUGUACGCCGCUGACAGUGCUCUGGGGUGCAAGGCCGACAUCGUGAUCGUCGUUGACGCAGCGACGACGCUAGUCUGGAUACUCCUCGGAGCAGGAUACACCGGCCUCGUGCUCGUGCUACUCCGGAAAGCGCGAGAUGCAGGCAUCACGCUGUCCUUCCCAUGGGCGCCCCGUUACAUCCCUCACGGAGUCGAUGGACGCCCCAUAGAUCGAUACGCGGGUGCUCGACCUCCAAAACCACCAGGACCGCCCGCCGAGCGGCCAGUGCACUUGCCAAUACCAUGGUUCCUGGAGGUCGGGCUAGGGAUCAUGACCACCCUCUCAGUGGUAGUCUUCUUCGACAUCUUGUGGACGCUGCUCAUCCAGACCUGGGCCUUCGAGAGCCCAGACACCCCCGUCUGCCAGCGGGGCGGUUCCUGGUUCCCCGUCUACGUGUAUGAGUUCGGUGGUGGGAGCCAGCGCUGCGAUCGCACUUGGAGAAUCGUCAUGCUAGCUGUCCUGUACACGUUCAAUGCAGCGGUUGCGGCUGCAGCGAACGGAUUAUCCUUGGUGCUACUUCAGAGGGAAAUCCUGUAUGACGGUUUUGGGUGGGCAUAG